AUGUGGGACUUUUCCUUCAAGAUAGAAUACACAGUUCGGAUCGACGAAAGCACGCUGUAUACGAUCAUGACUGUGGAGAAUACCGAUCAGAAGGAGUUUGAUUUCACCGCCCUUCUUCACACCUAUCUAAACGUAGAUAUUCAGUCAAUGACAGUAAAUGGAUUCCAGCAAGAAAAGUGCUCGAACUCGUUGACAGGAGAAGAUUUCGUGGAAACCUCCGACGCAGUAAAAAUCGAAGCAAAUGUUGACCAAAUCUACAAGGGCGUUGAGAAAGACCAAAUUGUCUCUUCCAAUCUAGGCAAGGUCAAAGUCUCGCGCAAAGGACUACCUGACGUCGUGUUCUGGAAUCCAUGGAUCGAGAAAGCCAAAGCAAUGGGGGAUUUCAACGACGAUGGAUACAAAAAUAUGGUCUGCGUUGAGCCGGGUUACGUUGCCCAGCGAAAAGUUUUGAAGCCCAGCGAAAAGUGGACCGGCUCCCAGUGGCUUUCGGUCCUCUGA